UGUAGGCCGCAAAACAUGGGCUUCUUGGGCAGGCUGCCAGCACUGACAAAAGUUCUCGGGGCCGGGGCGGUGGCCCGGGGCGGCGGCGUGUGGCAGCGGUCGAAAAUGCCCUGCUCGGGGGGCCCGCUCCCGUGCUGGGCCGCCGCUACCCGCAGCCCGCUGCCCGGCGGCCGCGCCGCCUCCUCCCCAGCGCUGGGCGAGUACGAGGAAGUUUUUAGGUCUUCGUUGUCGGAGCCCGAGAAGGUGUGGGGAGCAGCCGCCGAGCAGAUACACUGGUACAAGCCCUGGGACCGGGCCCUGGAGAGCGGCCGCCCGGGGGGAGCCUCCUGGUUUGUAGGUGGAGAGCUGAAUAUCUGUUACAAUGCUGUAGAUCGUCAUGUUGAGAAUGGACAAGGAGACCAAAUUGCUAUUAUUUAUGACAGUCCUGUAACAAAUACCAAGGAGAAAAUAACAUACAAGGAACUUCUUGAACAGGUCUCCAGGUUAGCUGAUGUCAUGAUCCGACAUGGUGUGAAGAAGGGAGAUCGUGUGGUCAUCUACAUGCCCAUGAUUCCACAGACAGUGUACUGUAUGCUGGCUUGUGCAAGAAUAGGAGCCAUCCAUAGUCUGAUUUUUGGUGGAUUUGCAUCAAAAGAGCUUUCUGUUCGCAUUGACCAUGCAAAGCCCAAACUUAUUGUAACAGCAAGUUUUGGAGUAGAACCGAAAAGGAAGGUGGAAUACAUAUCCCUCCUAGAAGGAGCACUGGCAACGGUACAGAGCAAACCUGAUAAAGUUCUCAUUUACACGCGACCUAAUUUGGGCCAUGUUCGUCAUACCCCAGGUCGUGAUCUUGACUGGGAAGAAGAGCUUGCCAAAGCACAGUGUUGUAAAUGUGUCUCUGUUCCCUCAGAUCAUCCACUUUAUAUUCUGUAUACAUCUGGAACAACGGGCUUGCCUAAGGGUGUUGUCAGGCCAACAGGUGGCUAUGCAGUUAUGCUGAACUGGACAAUGUCAGCUAUAUAUGGACUGAAACCUGGUGAGGUGUGGUGGGCAGCCUCUGAUUUAGGCUGGGUUGUUGGUCAUUCCUAUAUUUGCUAUGGGCCUCUCCUUCAUGGGAAUACUACAGUUCUGUAUGAGGGGAAGCCUGUGGGAACGCCAGAUGCUGGUGCCUAUUUCCGUGUGCUAGCAGAGCAUGAAGUAGCUGCCUUCUUCACUUCACCAACUGCAAUUAGAGCAAUCCGUCAGCAGGACCCUGAGGCAGCCUUGGGAAAGCAGUACUCUCUGAAAAGGUUCAGAACGUUAUUUGUAGCUGGUGAGCACUGUGAUGUGGACACACUAGAAUGGUCAAAAAAGGUCUUCGGAGUACCUGUCUUGGACCACUGGUGGCAAACAGAAUCUGGUUCUGCUAUUACUGCUUCCUGUAUUGGUUUAGGGAACUCUACAACACCACCACCCGGACAGGCAGGAAAACCAGUGCCAGGAUACAAUGUGAUGAUUCUGGAUGAAAAUAAGGAACCAGUGAAGGCAAAGACUUUAGGAAAUAUUGUGGUAAAGUUGCCUUUGCCUCCUGGAGCAUUUUCAGGUCUUUGGGAAAAUCAGGAAACAUUCCAGAGGUUAUAUUUCAAAAAAUAUCCAGGAUAUUAUGAUACUAUGGAUGCAGGUUAUAUGGAUGAAGAUGGCUAUUUGUACGUCCUGUCUCGAGCUGAUGAUGUGAUCAAUGUUGCCGGACACAGGAUUUCAGCAGGUGCAAUUGAAGAGUGUAUUCUCUUCCAUCAUGCUGUGGCUGACUGUGCUGUUGUGGGCCAGGAGGAUCCUUUAAAAGGACAUGUUCCUUUUGCAUUGUGUGUACUGAGAGAAGGUAUAAAGACAGAAGAGGAAAAGAUUUUGGAAGAGAUUGUUGAGCGAGUUCGAACUAACAUAGGUCCAGUAGCAGCUUUGCAGAAGGGGGUGUUUGUGAAACAGCUGCCAAAAACGCGCUCUGGCAAGAUCCCGCGUUCAGCUCUUUCUGCACUUGUCAGUGGAAAGCCGUAUAAGAUAACACCGACCAUUGAAGAUGCUAGCAUGUUUAAACACAUUGAAGAAGUGCUAAAGAAAAAGUAAAUGGGAUAAUGGUUGGUAAGAAAUGGGUCCGUUAAUGAAGUAUACAAAGAGACUUUUUGUUAGGAACCACCACAUUAUAAAAAUUCCUAAUGACGUGGAACUGAUUUUUUACUUUAGAAAUAUUACUGUGUUCUUUACCAUAUUGUCACAGCCAAUGAAGCAGACUAAAGUCUCUGCAUGUUGUCAUUAUAUGCUGGAUAUUAAGACUGCUAAAAAUUGCAAAUACAAUUCAGGUAUUUCUAUAGCAUUAACAUUGCAGUCUGUUGUUGUAUAAAGUGACCAGUAACUUGAGUUUGUCUAAAAUAGAUUACAAAAGGUAAGUCACGAACUGAGGACAGUAAUAAAUAGGAAUUCUGAUGUGAAAUUAUUGCAGACAUAAAUUGUCCUUACUUGUAAAUUAUGCGCCUUUAUGGGCCUUUGAAUUCUGUGAUCUUUAAGUUCCCUUCCAACUCAAACUAUUCUAUGAUUGUGUCUUUGAGAUUUUUAUAAAUUUUAAAAUUGAGUUUUCUUUAUUGCAUUGAUAAUUUUUUUCCUAAGUCUUUUUGCUGUAAAUUAGAUUUCUAUAAAUUUUUACUCAAUAACUUUUUGAAGUGUGUUUUUAUAGAAUGAUAGGUAAUUUCUGGCUUUUGAAUCUGUGAAAAUCUGGAUUUGUCCAUAGCAAUAUUCAGUAAAAUCCAUGUAUUCUAAAUAAAGGCAAGCAUUUAUCCUU